AUGUCGUCCCCGGAAAAGAGAACUAGUAAGAAGAAGAAGGAGCCGUCGCCGAAUCCGUCACUCCCGGAUGAUUUUCUAUUGAGCUGCUUCGCCCGCAUCUCAACGUUGUACUAUCCAUCUCUCUCCCUCGUCUCCAAAAGCUUUCGAUCUCUCCUUACUUCACUGGAGCUUUACAAGGUCCGUUCACUCGCGGACCACACAGAAUGUUGUCUUUACAUGUGCAUACAAUUCUUUUCCGACCUUGGUCCUACCUGGUACACCCUAUGCCGGAAACCUGACCAAACCCUAAUCAACAAAACCAAGUCAUCAUCAUCAAGUGGGUAUGUUUUGGCUAAAGUCCCAAUACCAAAUUCUCCUCGUGCGUCCUUUACAGGUCUCAUGUCGGUUGGUCCUAAUAUCUACAACAUUAAUAGCGGACCGGUCUCGAUACUAAAUUGCCGGUCUCACACAUGGAGCGAGGCUCCAAGCAUGCGUGAUGAUCUUUAUUCACUUUCUGCUAGCGUCCUUGAUGAAAAGAUAUAUGUAAUAGAAACUCAAACUUGGGAUCCUGUAACCAUUGGACUAAAAGACGGAUUCUACAACGAAUCUAUUGACGGAAAGUUCCUCGUGGUGGCGAGUAACAAAGAGGUGGUUAUUUACGAUCUUAAGAAAGUUAGAUGGGAAGUGGUCAGAACCAGAUCAAGGAUGGAUUGUAAUAUGGAUUUACCUGCUUACUGUGAAAUAGACAACGUCUUGUACUCUGCUUGGGGGGGAGAGUUCAGAUGGUACGACGCGAAGGGAUAUAUAGGAAGGUGGAGAAAGUUGGAGGGCUUGGUAGGACUUCCUGAGCUCACUAGUGAAUCAAGUGUUAGAUUGGCUGAUCAUGGAGGAAAGAUGGCGGUUUUGUUGAGCCAAAACCUGUCUUUUUAUUAUCGUUUCUCGCAUGAGAAGAUGAUUUGGUGUGGGGAGAUUUCACUUGAAAGGCGCAACGGUGGUUGUGAAAUUUGGGGAAAAGUUGAGUGGUUUUAUCAUGUGCUUAUAGAGAGAUUAUGA